AUGGACAACUGCGAAGAUAUCAUGCCGGAGUGGUUGCAGUUCGUCAAGGGUGUUGUGGAUUCGGAGGAUUUGCCAUUGAACAUUUCUCGUGAGACUCUUCAACAAAACAAGAUUUUGAAGGUCAUCAAGAAGAAUCUUGUCAAGAAGUGCAUUGAAAUGUUCACCGGAUUGCAAGAAAACGAAGACACCUACAAGAAGUUCUACGAAGCCUUCUGCAAGAACUUGAAGCUCGGUAUCCACGAGGAUUCCACCAACCGUGCCAAGUUGGCCAAGUUGUUGCGAUACCACUCCACCACCAGCGGAGACGAGAUGACCAGCCUCGACGACUACGUUAGCCGCAUGGACGACAAGCAGCCCGGAAUCUACUACGUCACUGGUGAAUCCAAGAAGGCUGUCGAGUCCUCUCCAUUCCUUGAGAAGCUCCGUAAGAAGGGAUACGAAGUCUUGUUCAUGGUUGACCCCAUUGAUGAAUAUGCCGUCCAACAAUUGAAGGAAUUUGAAGGCAAGAAGCUUCUCAGUGCUACCAAGGAAGGCCUCGAGUUGGCUGAGGACGAAGAAGAGAAGGCCGCCUUUGAGGAAGCCAAGGGCAAGGCCGAGGGUCUUUGCAAGCUCAUGAAGGAAGUCCUUGAUGACAAGGUUGAGAAGGUUGUUGUUUCCAACCGUCUUGCUGACUCUCCUUGUGUUCUCGUCACGGGCGAGUUUGGAUGGUCUGCUAACAUGGAACGUAUCAUGAAGGCGCAAGCUCUCCGUGACUCAUCUCAAUCUGCCUACAUGUCCGCCAAGAAGACCAUGGAGAUCAACCCACAGAACCCCAUCAUUGUGGCCCUCCGUGAAAAGGCCGACGCCGACCAAAGCGACAAGACUGUUAAGGACUUGAUUUGGCUCCUUUACGACACAUCUUUGCUCACCUCUGGUUUCUCCUUGGAUGAGCCCAGUACCUUUGCCAGUCGUAUCCACCGUUUGGUCAAGUUGGGUCUUUCCAUUGACGACGAUGAUGAUGGCGACGACGAUGCCGACAUCGAUGACUUGCCUCCUCUUGAUGGCGACGACGACAACGAAGAAUCCGCCAUGGAACAAGUUGACUAA